AUGUACGGGGGUUGGCUUGUGGAUGUGCUCCGCGAUGCAGAAGAAAAGCAGGAGCUGUCCCAUGAAGCACAAGUAUGGAUUCAGGAGCUCAAGGCUGCGGUGUAUGAUGCAGAUGAUCUGGUUGACGAGUUUGUCUCUAUCGCUGAGCAGAAGCAGCACAUGGAUGGAACGGAAGCCUCUAAAAGGCAAUUCGGCUUCAGUGUUGACUAUCAUCCCAUCAGGAAAAGAAGAGAGGAGACGUGUUCUUAUUCAUAUGCAGGUAGUGUGAUUGGAAGAGAGGACGACUUGGAGAAGAUUUUGCAUACAUUGCUAGAUGAUAAUUUCAACAGGAUGUCUUACCUUACUAUUGUGGGAAUCGGAGGAUUGGGCAAAACGGCUCUUGCUCAGCUUAAACAGUUGGAUAUAGAAGUGAUUCUUGGUAAGAUAUUAGCUUCUAUAACUGGUCAGAAGGAUGAGAGAUCCACCUUGGAUCGAGUGCAGCACCAUCUUCGAGAAAAGCUAACUAGCAGUAGAUACUUGCUUGUUUUAGAUGAUGUAUGGACUGAAAAUAGGAGUCAAUGGCUCAAGUUAGCAGAAAUAUUAGUUGGUGGUCAUGGGGGAAGUUGGGUUGUGGUAACUACUCGCUCACAAGAGACAGCAAGGAUUAUAGGACAUGGUCCGAUGUAUGAGUUACAAGGCUUGUCAGAAGAGAAUUCGUGGCGUUUGUUUAAAAGGAUGGCGUUUGGAUCACAUCAAGAAAACCAUCAAGAAGACUUGGUUAAAAAAGGCAGAGAGAUCGUCAAAGGAUGUGCCAGAGUCCCUCUUGUUAUAAGAGUUGUCGGAAGUCUUCUGUAUGGUCAAGACAAGAGUAAGUGGUCAUCAUUCUCGGAGAUUGGGUUAGCAAACAUCAAUGGAAGUGAAAACGAUAUCAUGGCAAUUAUGAAACUUAGCUACCAUCAUCUUGAAUCUCCAUUGAAGAGUUGCUUUAGUUAUUGUGCAUUGUUUCCCAAAGACUUCGAGAUAGAGAAGGAGAUGUUGAUUCGUCUUUGGAUGGCACAGGGCUACAUUGUUCCUAUAGAUGAAGGUCAGAGUGCGGAAGACACUGUGAAGGAAUACUUUUCUAUUUUGUUGCGUAGAUGCUUUUUCCAAGAUGUACAGAAAAAUGAACAUGGUGAGAUUACUUCAUGUAAGAUACAUGAUCUAAUGCACGACCUUGCUCAAAAUGUAGCGGGGAAGGAAAUUUGUCGAACACAUUCUAUAACUGUUUAUAUGGAUAAACGAGUUUGCCAUUUAACCCUUAUGAGAAGUACAUCUUCCAAAUGCACUUUUUCUAGGGCCUGUAUUCGUUCAUUUCUUCAAGUUGGUCUCUAUUAUCAAGCUACCAAGAUAGAUCAGCUUUCUUUGAAGGCGUUGCUCACAAGUUUCAUGUGCCUUAGGACAUUGGACCUAAGCAAUUCAAAUAUCAAAAUUCUACCAAAUUGCAUUGGUGAUAUCAUACAUUUAAGGUAUUUAGAUCUCUCAUGGAAUGUUGAUUUGAGUUUGCUACUUGAGUCCAUUGCACAAUUGCAUUAUUUGGAGACUUUAAAAUUAAGUUGUUGUUAUAGAUUAAAAAAGUUACCAAAAGAUUUGAGCAAUUUGGUUAAGCUAAGGGUCCUUGAUAUGGAAGGUUGCUCUGAUUUGGCUUGUAUGCCCAAGGGCAUGGGUAAGCUAACUAAUCUUCACACACUAACUCAAUUUGUGUUGGGUGAAGGAGGAUCAAAUAAAAAUCAAUUAAUUCAUGACUUAGAAGGUCUUAGAGCUCUAAAGAAACUAAAGGGUUGUCUUAAGAUAAAGAUCCAGUUGGUCGAAAAUGAAUUUAAAGCUAUGGAAGACAAUAGAAGAGGAGGAGGAUACUUAAGGAGUAAGGAAUAUCUCGAUCAUAUUGACAUUAGGUUUACUGAUAGAUAUGAGAUAAAUAGAAGAGUUGGAUACGACUAUGAGGAAGUAUUGCUGAAAGACCUGCAACCGCAUUCAAACCUCAUGGUGCUAGAGUCGGGAUACAAUGGUUUAAAUAUGCCAGGUUGGGUAGCCUUUCUCCCAAAUCUUGUUAGAAUAGAACUUAUAGAUUGCGGGACAUUGCAACAUUUUUCAUGCAUGAGAAACCUACAUAAUCUGAAAGUCCUUGACCUUGAAAACUUGCCAAAAGACUUCGGUUAUAUAAUCUACAAAAGCUGAAAGGAUGGU